UGACAGACUCACAUACGCCCGCAAUGUUUGUGUCUGCACUAUUAGUGAACGACAAAGAGCGAACAUUACUUCACACACACGGACGCGACCACAUGAGAAACCAACACGAGAGCAGCAGCAUCGGACCUAUUCAGCCACUCGACACGCUGUCGCCGCCGGCUCUUCUCAGGGAGAGGAGCACGCCGGUGCUUGAAUCUACAUCUCCUUCUCGCGAUCGAUCUCUGCAGCAGCCGCCAGCUUGACCAACAAUGCCCUCACAGCCCCAGUCGCCACACCAGGGGCAACUACCCGCACCAGCAGCGCCGCCAGGAUGACCCCCAGCGCCCAGAUGCGCCACGGCGUUGUCCCGCCGCAGCAUCUCGCUGUACCUGAUGUCAGCCCGCGUCAGCGAUGUCAUCACAGAGGGGCUGAAGGCGAAAGGCAGCAGCCGGCUGAGUAAGCGCUUGAUCAGCAGGUAGCCCGCCUCCUUUGUCGAGGCUUAAGAAACUAGCUCCUGGCCUGCUAUUUCUUCCGCCGUCUUGUUGGACUUGGGCUCUUGAUGCUGGUUUUGAAGUUGGUGCUGGCGUUGCUGCUGUUGCAAAGCUGCCUCUUGCUGUUUCAGCAGGUCGAUGGCCUCGCGGAUCUGUCGCAGCACGGCUGCCUGCCGCUCACCUUUAGUCUCGCGCUCUCGACCUCCCUCUCCCAUGGUGGCCCAUUCAGGGUGUUCUUCAUCGGUCCAGGCCUGUCAAAGUACCCGGCGAUGGCCAUCAGGGCAGACCUGAAGGGGUGGCCGUCAGAGAAGCCCAUCCAUAUCGGCCCACAGCAGCCACCGCCACUAUGGUCUGCACGCCUCGCAUGCAGACACAUUUGUACGUACACAGAGGUCCUCAGAGUGAUUUGCUCGUUUGCCGCCCACCUCUCUUGAGCUCUGCCAGCAGUUCUACGUAGAACUGAGCGAAUGAGCGGCCGUCGGUGCAGCACUGCGUGUGGAUUUGGUCGAGCAGCUUUGCCUUGUCCUCCACGGGGCGGAAGUGGCGUCUGGCGCGGAUGUCGCCGAGCUCCCCGAUCAUCUUGUCGAGAGUCCAGCCGUUGUACUUGCCCAUCUUGUUGACAUUGUUCUCUACGCAAAGACACACACACACACACACACACAGAGAGAGAGAGAGAGAGAGGAGAGCAGCGUUGAACCUCUCGAGAGCUGGUGGCUUGGCUGACCGCAGUUCCAGAGAGCCAUCGUGGUGAACGUCGAGAAGACACAGUAGAAGUUGAAUCGCCCACGGCGCCGAAGAUUCUCCCAGUAGCUGCCCACCAGCUCCUUGUCCUUCUGCAACACGAACUCAUCGGCCAACCGCGGAUUGUCGGGGUCCUGCCUACCCAGACCGCCGAGAGCCUUAGCGACCUCCCAGACUGCUGUGUGCCGUGUCGGGAGGCCUCUUGCUGCGUAUUGGAGGCGGGAGCUGGGUGAGAGCCGCUGCAGCACAAAGCAAGAUGACGCCUGGGCCAGCAUCAGCGCGGUUUGCGGUCGGUUCAUGGUCGGCGUUGUUGCUUGAUGCAGAUCUCCAUCUCCUGGGUGGUGCCUCGGGUCUUGCAGCAGCGCAGCA